UAUAACGCGAUAUUGAUAACGUUUAAAAUAUUAUUUCACCAAGAACGUCACACAAAUUUUGAGUAAUUUCAUCGCCGCUCGUUUUUUAUGUAUAUUUGGUUCUUAUUUAAGUGACGCACUCACUUCGUCUACAUGUCUGGUUUCCCGUCGUCGUAUUCACCAAAAUCAUCACCUCGUGGAGCUAGGUCUCCUGUCGUAUCAAGACAAGAUUCCACUGGCACACUCAAAACGACCAUCUCUCUGGGCAAGAAUCCAUCAAUUGUGCACAGUGGACCAUUUUAUCUUAUGAAAGAACCACCAUGUGAAAGUGAACUAACGGGGUCUGUAAAUCUUAUGGCAUAUUAUGGUCUAGAACAUACAUAUAGUAAAUUUAGUGGGAAAAGGCUCAAGGAGAGUUUAUCAUCAUUUUUACCCAAUCUACCUGGAAUUAUUGACACACCUGGACAUAAUGAUCAAAGUUCAUUACGUUCUGUCAUUGAAAAACCACCAAUUGGUGGAAAAGAAAUUUUACCACUAACCACCCAUCAAUUAGCUGGAUUUCGAUUACAUCCAGGGCCAUUACCAGAACAAUAUCGCUAUGCAAAUCAACCACCUACUAAGAAACAUAAAAACAAACAUAAAAAAAGCAAGUACAAAAGUGGAGAAGCUCUAUCACAAGACAUGGCAGCUAAUGAAUUAGGAUUAAGUGAUAUUCAUGAGAAAAAGCACAAGAAACAAAAACGUCAUGAUGAUGAUAAAGAAAGGAAAAAGCGAAAAAAAGAGAAGAAGAAGAAGAAACAAAAACACAGUCCAGAACAUCCAGGAAAUAUUACGCCUGGACAACACUCGAACUGAUAUUAUAAUUAUUUUCUUAAAUUACAUUUUAUGGCUUUAAAUUUGUUUUCAUCGGUCAUAAAUGUUUAUAAAAUGUAAAUAGAAUAUUGUCAAAUUAUUAGGAAUUUUGAACAAAUUAUGUACGUAUAACACAAUCUUGUUGGUAACAUAAUUGUGGUGUAUAAUAUUAAUUUUCUAUUCUUUGGUUGGGAUAGGUGAAUUUUGUUUUAAAUAAAUAA